UGUGACUUAUUCCUGCUCUUUCUGGCCUCUCACACACUUUGCUCUCCUUUCUGCCCGUCCCCCCCUCCCCCGGCUUGUCAAACAGUUCCCUCUUCUGUCAGCUCCUUCCCUCCCUCCCUGUCCCUGUCCAGAGCCCUAAUAAAGCUAUUUUGAAAGUGACCCAGUCGGUCUGGCUGCCCGAGCGCCCAGAGGGGGAGAGCUCGAGGAGGGAGAGGCCGGAGCUAAGGGCGCAGCUGUUUGGAACCAUGACUGAAGAUGACGGAUUCGGCGGUGGUGGAGGGUCAGGUCAAAUUGAGAGAUGGAAAAAAGUGGAAAACUAGGUGGCUGGUGUUGCGCAAGCCGUCCCCGGUGGCAGAUUGCCUGUUGAUGUUGGUGUACAAGGACAAAUCAGAAAGAGCCAAGGGUUACAAGGAGAGGAGCAGUGUGACUCUAGAGGACAUUUGUGGGCUUGAUCCUGGUCUCCCCUACGAGGGUUUGACUCAUACUCUAGCCAUCAUUUGCCUGUCUCAGGCUGUGAUGCUGGGUUUUGAAAGCAAGGACACAAUGUAUGCCUGGGAUAUCCGGAUCCGCUACUCCUUGGGGGAAGUUCACAGAUUUCAUGUGGCCGUGGCACCAGGUACCAAGCUGGAAAGUGGAUUGGCUACUCUUCACCUCUGCAAUGAUAUUCUGGUGCUGGCUAAAGACAUUCCUCCUGCUGUCAUGGGUCAAUGGAAGCUCUCCGACCUGCGGCGUUAUGGGGCUGUGCCAAAUGGCUUCAUCUUUGAAGGCGGGACCAGGUGUGGGUACUGGGCUGGUGUAUUUUUCCUUUCUUGUGCAGAAGGGGAGCAGAUCAGCUUUCUUUUCGACUGUAUCGUCCGGGGCAUCUCCCCCACGAAAGGCCCCUUUGGCCUGCGUCCCGUUCUCCCAGAUCCAAAUCCAAACCCAUCAUCCAUGGAAGAGAGAGUGGCUCAUGAAGCUCUACAGUUAGAGAAGAGACUCAGUCUUCUUUCACAUUCAAGUCGUCCAGGAAGUGGAGGAGAUGACAGGAGUCUGUCCAGCUCCUCCUCGGACGCGAGCCACUCGGACGCCAGCGCCGGGAGCCGCCUCACCCUCUGGCCCGAGCAGUCCUCCGCCGGCACCUCCCAGGAGAGCCACGGGCUGCCGGCCGCCAAGUCUCUCCACCUCGGGGAAGACAGGGCACACGGGGAGGCGACCUACGGCUCCGCCAAGCCUCCGCCCAAGCCUCUGCAGCCGCGGCAGCUCCAAGACAUCGGGCGCCAGAGCUCUUCGGACAGCGGAAUCGCCACCGGGAGUCACUCCUCCUACUCCGGCAGCUUCUCUUCCUAUGCCGGGAGCCUGGACAUCUGCCGCGGCGACGAGUUUGGUUCCCUGCUCAGCUUGCCGUUGAACUUUGCUUCGGAACAGAGCUUGUGCACCUGCCAGCCCAGUGAGCCCCACAGGGGGCCGGAGUAUCAGGUUCCCAGCUCUUUCCGACAUCUCUACGACACACCCAGGAGUGUAUUACAAGCGGCUGCUAAGGACGCUCAGCACAGCGGGGCUGCCGAUUCCCCAGGACCCAAGGACCAGGCCCCAGGCCCUCAACAGGCCAGUGACCCCAAAGCAGCAGCAGCAGCAGCAGCAGCAGCCCCCCUCUCGGAGGCAGGAGCUGCCUCUGAGCCUGACCAAGACUCGGGGGGGCCCGGCACCUCCCUCGCCGAAGGCACCAAAGACUUGGGUGAUGAAACUUAUGCAGAUUUUCUUUCCAGGUGGUCAGGAAUCAAAGCUCCAGGACAGGUGUUAGAAUCCCAAAGUAGUGAGUCGCUUUCACCUAGUGGAGUGUCUGCUGAGCCUUGUGAAAUGUGUAGCCCCCGCCCCGGGGCUCCAAGAGCUUUCUUUACAUCAUGUCCAGUCUGUGGUGGACUCAAGGGAGCAGCUCUUUUCCCCCUGAGACUCUUCCCAGCACCCUCAGGAGAAAGAUCACGCAGUGAAACUCCUACCUAUGUGAAUAUUCCCGUCAGUCCCACUUCAAAGAAGCAGCUUCACUACAUGGAACUGGAGCUUCAGGAACCCAGCCCAGGAAUAAGAGGGGCUGGAGCCACCCGGUAUGCCCAGAUUGACAUCACUGCCACUGAGACGGCGCACAAAGUCGGGGCUCAGCAUGCACAGACCCGGGAAGAGCGUCUGCAGGAGCUGGAACAGAAGCAAAAAGGGGCCCACCAGUGACCAUGCAAUGGAGAACCGAUGGAGGGCUGCCUUGCUGGGGCUACUGGGCACUUCUAGGGGGGCUCUGUGUUUGGGGUACACCUCCCUCAGGUCCAGCUGUGGCACCUUGCACAGAACAGAUGUCCCCUAGAGACCUCAUUCUGCCCAGGUGGCGGUGGUGCACCAUGGGCUGGAUUUUAUUCUCCAGUUUGCAUUUUGCUGCUCGGGGCAACGUUUGCCACCUAAUGGGGACCCCCAAGUUCGUUUCUUUUAUCUGGAUCUCUGGGUCCCCUUGGAAGGAGGCGGCAAAGCUGAAAGGACAGCUCCCUCCAUCUGGUGUCAGAGCACCACGUUUGAAUCUUGGUUUGGCUGUGCAACCCUGGGCAAGUUAAUCCCAUAAGGCCGUUGGGCCAGAUAAUCUGUGAAGCCCUGUCAGAUUCCUCUGAUGGAUCGGGAAGGAAAGCCAGACCCCGAAGCUGAACGACCUUCGUCCAGUGACCCUGCUCAGGGAGACAGCGCUUAGCCCAUAGCGGUAGGUGAUGGAAAAUGAGGGAGACACUGGCCAGCGGCUUCUGCCCUUAGUUCCACACGCUUCUUCUUGCUGUCUCUGUGCGGAAUCAUCCUGAAAGCAAGGCUGGAAUUCCAGCCUGCAGCUUCUGGGUUUUUUAAAUUCUUUUUUCCUUCAUUCCUCUCUGGUGGAAAAGUCCCUGGUGACUGCAGGGAAAACCCCUUCAAAAGCAAAUAAGUACCUGAGCUGUUUCCGUCUAAAAAAUAAAAAUAAAAAAGGACAAAAAUCGCCGAGAGCAACUCACCGAUAAUCCUCUGAGAAUAGUCAUCGGAGGCUGAAGACAGACUGUUGAGAAGAGAAAAAUUGCAGUUUUGCACAUUUUUUCGGGGGAAGAAUGAGCGUUGGAAUAUCUGCACUGGAACCUUGGCUGUUCCUCGAUCUAGUUGUGUUUGACUUUCGACUAAUCGUUUCUCCUCUGUGGGCCUCUGUUUCCUCACCUAUAAAAUGGGGAUGAUGAUGAUCACCGUUCUGCCCGUCCUAUUUUACAGGGCUGUUUUGAGGAUCAAAUCAGAUUAUGUAAGACACUUUAUACUCCAUAAAGUGUAAUUUCAAUGUAAGCUAUUUAUUAUUAUUAUAUUAUUAUUAUUAUUAUUGCUGUUCUUUUUAUAUUGAUAAUUCAUCUGUGUGGAUACUUCCUCCAUGCAGAGCCUGACCUCUCUGUGCCUUAAAAACAUUUUUGCUUAAUGGCACCCCAUUCAGUGAUGGGCCCCCUCCAUACUUGCCUUAAUUUGUCCUCAAACAACAAAGAGUUAGUUCAUCAAACACGAAUUCUUU